ACAAUCGCGGGAAAAUAGCUAGAUUCCGCGGGUAAAUUUAGAGCCUACGCGGAAUUUGGAACCUGUGAUGAUCUUCAGUUGACGCAGCGGACGCCUCUCACACCGGACUCAACAUGGUCGCCACGGAAGAUAUUGACAAGGAGCAAAUGACCCUCCUGAAGAGGGCGUUUGAUGCCUUCGCCGCCGGUAAGGGCUACAUCGAAGCCAACAUGGUCGGAACCAUCCUGUCUAUGUUAGGCCACGACGUGUCUGACAAGCAGCUCAAGGAGAUCAUCGCGGAGGUCGACGCCGAUGGAUCCGGCCAACUGGAGUUUGAGGAGUUCGUGACCCUCGCAGCUCAGUUCCUGGGUGAGGAGGAGGAGGUGGACGCCGCCGCCAUGCUGGAGGAGCUCAAGGAAGCCUUCAGGCUGUACGACAAGGAGGGUAACGGAUACAUCUCAACGGGAGUCCUGAGAGAGAUCCUGAAGGAGUUGGACGACAAGCUGACCUCAGAUGAUCUUGACCAGAUCAUCACUGAAAUCGACACUGACGGCUCCGGCACCGUCGACUUCGAUGAAUUCAUGGAAGUCAUGACAGGAGGCGACGACUAGACUCCUACACAUUUCAAGUUCCGGACCAAAAAACAUUUUUUUGUUUAUUUACUAUUUUGUUUAAAUAAAGUUAUACGUUUUUACAAACGUAAA